AAGAAACAUGAACAAGGAAUGAAACUGAUUUUUGCGUUGAAAUAUUCCUGAUUCUUCACAAAGCUUUAACAGACAUUUUGCAUUAACUGAACUUUUGAAACAAGCGGGGAGAUAAAUAUAUUAACAAGGUGCUGUUCAAAACUUACAAGUGCUUUUUAUUUUUUAGUAUCAAGCUACAUUUUCCCUUCUCUGCUUACUGCACAGGAAAAAGUUAUAUAUUAUAGGACUAAGCAUUUGAGACAAAUUGUGCAAACUAGAAGUUGGCAGUGUUUUUUUUCCAACUUAUCCAGAACAUCUAAAGCUAAAGAUGCAUUUUGAUGACAUUCUUGCAGAAAUUGGACAGUUUGGGAAGUAUCAGAUGAUACUGUUAGUCUGGACUGCAACCCCAAGUUUCUUCUCUGCAUUUAAUAUGUUAGCAGCCAUCUUCACUGGGGCUACACCUCAGUACAAGUGCCAUCACAUCUGGGAAAACAGUGACCUGGGACUAUCUAACCUUACCACUGAUCUGUUGCGGAACCUCAGCUUGAAUCUGGAUGCUUGCUCCACCUUUGACAUUGGAAACCUACAACAUUCAGGGCAUACUGUUAUGGAUUUGGAAACCAUUAGCAGAAACCUGACAAAAGUUACCUGUGCAAAGUGGGACUAUGCCACCGAUGUGUUUAAAAGUACUAUAGUCACUGAGUGGGAUCUUGUUUGUGACAAGCAUAGCCUGAACAGUGUUGGAUCGUCCAUCUACAUGCUGGGUGUCCUUACAGGAGGAGUUUUGUCUGGAGUCCUGGCAGAUAAGUAUGGACGGAGAAUCAUAAUCCUUGUUUGCUUGCCACUACAGGCAGUAAUUGGACUGAUAACAGCCUAUGCACCCAACUUUUAUGUUUAUGUCAUCAUGCGUUAUUUAAUGGGGACCAUAAUUCUGGGGGCCGCAAUCAAUACCUUUACACUAGCAACUGAAUGGAUUGGCCCCAAGUAUCGUAUGUUUCCUGCCAUUAUCAAGAACAGCAUGUUUACUUUUGGGUAUAUGGCUAUGGCUGGCAUUGCCUACUUCAUCCGAGACUGGCGUAACCUACAGAUUGCCCUCUCCAUGCAAGGAAUCCUGUUUAUUUCCUAUAUUUGGCUGCUUCCAGAAUCUGCUCGUUGGCUUUUGGCUAAUAAUCGUACCACAGAAGCUAUAGAGCUGUUGAAGAAAGCUGCACGCAGGAAUGGAAAAAGCCUCCCACAAACUGUGCUUCAGAAUGCGGCAAAAGAACAAGCUGACAUGGGCACGAAGAAGCCAGAAAGAAACUACAGCAUGCUUGAUCUUGUUCGAACUCCAGAGAUGAGAAAAAGAUCAUUUGUUGCCUUCUACAUGUGGUUUGUGAAUGUGCUUGUGUAUUAUGGCCUCUCUUUGGGAAUUUCUGACUUUGGAGUAAACAUCUACAUAACACAACUUAUUUUUGGAUUUGUGGAGAUUCCUGCUAACCUGACCAUUGCCUUCUGCCUCCCCUACUCCAGGAGAAUCCCUCAGAUGGCUUUCCUUGCAGUUGGUGGUGUGGCGUGCUUGCUAACACUAGUUGUGCCUGAAGGUCACCCCAAUGUGGUAACUGGUCUUGCAGUUGCAGGAAAAUUUGGUAUUAGUGCUAGCUUUGAUAUGAUCUACCUGUACACAGCAGAGAUCUUCCCUACUGUUAUCAGGCAGAGAGGGAUGGGUGCAUCCAACAUGUUUUCUCGCAUAGGCGGUGUCAUGGCUCCUAUGAUAAACCUGUUUAGACUCUACAGCAGUGUUGCACCAAUGAUCAUCUUUGGCUGUGUGUCUUUGAUUGGUUCUGCCUUGUGUAUUCUGCUUCCUGAAACAGCGGGUCAAUCUCUUCCAGAAACUAUUGAGGAUGCAGAGAACUGGUCAAAAAGGCAAAUUAGGAACCUCAAACAACAGGAAGAUAAGGUGACACCUUUCUAUGAAGACAUAGAACAGAACACGGAUGGCACUGUACAUUUGGAGGAAAAGGAAGCACCAGUGUUUGAUUCAUCUCCAGUAAUAAGUACAGACAUAAUAAAGCAAACUGCACUCUAAUUUCUUUAAAAAAAUAAAACUUAGAAUUGCUGCUGCAGAUUGAAUAAAGCACUAGUUCACACACACAUAUGCAUGCAUGUAUGCACACACACACACACACACACACACACACACACACACACACACACACACACACGCACGCACGCACGCACACACACACCUUGUUAUAAUUCAGUAGAUUAUCAGCCCUUUAAAUAAGAUAUGUACAAGAUUAACACAGGAAGUAAACUAUAGCACUUCACAAAAAGUACGAGGAUCAAAUUCUCCACAUCAGUAGUUUUCCAAAUCAAAGACUCACCUAAUGUACACAUACAGAAAAUGUUUUUUAGGCGGUCCAGAAAUAACAUCUUGCAUCCACUGGGGGUGACAUAGAGCCUUCCCAUCUUGCAGGAUUUUUCUGUAUUCCUCUUCCUUUUGGAUAUUCUUGGCCUUCACAGCUCAAUGGCUUUAGCAUCUUGUUAGAAGCAACCUGGUACUUGAGAGACUAGAUACUCAUAUGAACCAACAUGAAACCAAAUUUACAGAGCUGGUGAAUGUUUUUA